AUGAAUCAGGCACCAUCGCCAACCCAUCUCGCUCCCCCAAUCUCCCCUACAUUCGUCGAAUCGCCUGUACACUCGUCGCAAGACGAUGCGUCGACACAUUCGAUAACGAGGCCGGGGGAGGGUACGGCACAUCACCAGGUUUCGGCCGCCAACGGAGCUGCCGUGCCUAUCACGGGCCUAUCCAAUCUCUCCCCCGCGGACUCGAGUUCUGGCGCAGCUGCGCCUGUCAAGCAGAAGCCUAAGAUGACGCACCGUCUGACACGAAUGUUUUCUCGGACCGACGCCAAAGACGUUGAAGCUGCCAAAGCCGCAUCCGAGCUAAAAGAUUCAUCUCCCAACGAUCGGUCCGGUUCAGAGAACGGCAGCAUCAGCAACGGUAGAAAAUCUCCCAGCAGGCAGGGUUCGAGUGACGAAAAGACCGGCAAGAAGAUGACAAUUCUUGGUGCAGCCAAAGAAAAGAGCAAAGGCGACCCGCUCUCAGAUGGCUCCUACGCUGCUCACAAGAGAUUCGAGAUGCACGAGGAUGGCACCCACGAACAUCACCUCAAGUCUGCCAAACGGCAAGAGAAACUAUCCGACAUGCUCCGCGACAUGCUCGGCGGUAGCAAGAAGAGAGAUCACGAUGGUGGCGGUGAUCAGCAGCUGACGCUCAUGUCGUCCUGGGUAGACCAGCUGAGGUUGGAAAAAGACAGCCUCGCUUCCGACAGAAAGGGUGGUCCAAAUGCCACAGCGAACUUGGUCGAGAAGUAUGGCAAAUGCCAGGAGAUCGUCGGCCGUGGCGCUUUCGGCAUCGUCCGAAUAUCCCACAAGCCUGAUCCCAACAGCGCCGGAGGAGAACUGCUCUACGCUGUCAAGGAAUUCCGUCGUCGCCCACAAGAGACAGCCAAGAAGUACCAAAAGCGCCUGACAAGCGAAUUUUGCAUAUCCUCGUCGCUUCGGCACCCGAAUAUUAUUCACACGCUCGAUCUUCUGCAAGACGCCAAGGGAGACUAUUGCGAAGUCAUGGAGUACUGCGCUGGCGGUGAUCUGUACACCCUGGUCCUCGCAGCUGGUACUCUCAACGUCGCCGAGGCCGAUUGCUUUUUCAAGCAGUUAAUGCGUGGUGUCGAAUACAUGCAUGAGAUGGGUGUCGCACAUCGAGAUCUCAAGCCAGAGAACCUCCUCUUGACUACACAUGGUGCCUUGAAAAUCACAGAUUUUGGCAAUGGCGAGUGUUUCCGGAUGGCAUGGGAAAAGGAAGCCCAUCUGACCGCUGGGCUUUGCGGCAGUGCACCCUACAUAGCCCCGGAAGAAUAUGCUGGUGGCGAAUUCGACCCCCGUGCUGUCGAUGUCUGGGCAUGUGGCGUCAUAUACAUGGCUAUGCGAACCGGUCGCCAUCUGUGGAGAGUGGCCCGCAAGGAGGAGGAUGAGUUCUAUCAAAGAUAUCUUGAGGGACGAAAGGACGAAGAGGGCUAUGCCCCGAUCGAGACCUUGCACAGGGCUCGCUGCAGAAACGUUAUCUAUUCAAUCCUCGACCCAAAUCCUGGCCGCCGGAUCACUGCUUCUCAAGUCCUGAAAUCGGAAUGGGGAAGAGAGAUCAAGGUUUGCAAAGCGGGUGAAGAAGGCUACUGA